AUGCUUGCUGAACAUCCCAAACUCGCUACUGUCGGAAACGGCAAACGUCCUACUGAGGAGAACAAUCCAUUCGCCGGCGGUACAGACAACUGGACUGUGCCAGAAAGUGUAAAGAAACACCCAUAUUUCGUUGAAGUCGAGGGUUCCAUGGUCGAUGCCCUAUACAAAUUGGACCAGAAGAUGCGAGAUAACAACGAUCACCGUCUCAUCACACACAAAAAGCCACAUAGUAUGUUCGGCGUCCAAGUCGAGACCGGUCAAAUUGGGCUCUAUUCCUGGCGGGGCAGACCGAUUGUCGCAAUUCAACCCGGCAACUACUGGAAUAUGAGUCUCACGCACAAGGCCCACGGGACAAAAGACGUGACCGAGCCGUUUGACUUCAUGGGUCUUACCAUCGGCCAAGUCGGCCAAUCUGGUGCCCUAGUCGUCGAGGACCCCGAAAACCGGGUGUUUGUGAUCCGCAAUGGCGGUUUCUGUGCCUUCGGAAGCCGCGGUCGAUUCCAUAUCCUCGCCGUCGUCGACACUCUCGCUCUGGGCGACGCAUGUGCCAUCAAAGAAUCCGAUGGAAAGAGGAUUCUCGGGUGGAAGCGGGAAGUGAAGCGGCAGAACAUCACGGUUUGCACGUUCCUGAACAUUCCGGCGAAUAAUGUUGCGAUCGUGCAGCAAGGGAAUAACAUGCUGGAACUGGAAGCGGGUCAGCAUGUGAUCACGGACCCGAAAACGACAUUUCGUGGAUUCUACUCUUUGGGGGAGCGUCAGGUGCAACUCAAGACCGCUCCUGCUUACACAGUUGAAGGAGUUCCCGUGGUUCUGAACGUCAAUCUACGGUUCCGUGUGGCCCAACCUCUCCUCCUCACUAAGAACUACGAUGACGCGUUCUUGGCCCUCGCAAAUCCAGCACAAACGGCUGUUAACGCAGUCGUGAGCAGACUCAGCUAUACGCAAUUUAUGAGAGCUAAGCGCAUCGGCGGGGACGUGCCCGAUACCGACGUGAUCCCAUGGCUCGAUUCCUUCAAGAACGAGUGUCUCCAUGAGCUGAUUUCGCAAGCCGCAUCCAACGGUGUGGCGGUAGAGUCCUUCGACGUGCUCGACCGCGAGCUUUCCGGGGCGCUAGGAAAAGACCUCGAGCACCAAGCCGAGAUCGUGCUCAAGAACCAAAUGGACGCCACCCAAGUCGAAUUGCAAAACUCGAUCAAGAUCCAAAAGCAAUCCGGAUUACUCGAAGUGGCACGCGUGCAGGCGGAGCAGACCAAGACAGAUUCCGACGCGCAGUACUACGCUGCGACUCGUGUCACGGACGCGCAGAUCUACGAUCAACUGAAGAAGGCGAAGGCGGCUGCCGAAUCUUCUCAGGUCCAGGCGGAACAGGAGGCGAAAAACAUCGUUACGAUUGCUGAGGCCAAGGUCAUCGAGAUCGGCGCACUGUCGAGAGCCUAUGGAGAUGUCGCUCAAGAUCACGCGAAGAGGAUCCAGCUGGAGACGUUGGAGGUCGAGAAGCGUAAGGCGCUUCCCGCGAAAACCGUAUACUUCGCCGGAAGUGACUCUUCCAUAGCCAGCACCGUCGCGCAGGGGUUCGGUUUCCAGAGUGGAGCGAAUUUGGACAAAUGA